ACCAGUGGAGACAGGAUGGGCCGACACUACACCGAGAAAGACUUUGAGUAUCACAGACACACAUUUCAUCAUACGCACCACCCCUUGUCCACCCACCUGCCCCUGCCCCAGCGUCUACGCAAGAGGGUGCACAGCAUGGACAGAAGGCGCAAAAAGAAACGGAAGAAAAAAAAGACCUCUCUGCCCCCCUCCGAUGUUACACCCACCAUCCAAGAGGUAGAUGAGGAAGAGGCGGAGUCUGAUACGGACGGACUGGGGGUGGCUGCCACACCCACAGAGUUACCUGAUAUCCAACCACAGUUUAGUUUGGGGAGCCAAGAGGACUUGGAGGAACCCGUUCUGCUCGCUACCUUCCACACGGAAAAUGAAGAGCAUCCAUUGUCGAGGAAAGCUGCACUCACUCUGAUAAAGGGAGCAUCUCAUAAUGGGGGAAUUUCUGCUCUUGGCCAGAAUGAGGAGGUGGCUGGGGAGGAAAUGGAUUUCAACAGCGUUCCCCCAGGAUCAGAUCCCUCAAGCUCAUCUGCAGCCCGCGGCUGGUUCCGGAGGAAGCCUGUGCACCAUCGCCUGGCGGGCGCCCAGCGCAGCAACUAUGACCUGCGGGAGCGGAUCUGCAUCGGCAGUAUGACUGCUCUGGAGACUGCUGUCUACCAGCAGGUGCCCACUGAUGAGGCGGAGGCCCAGAUGUUGGCCAGUGCCGAUCUGGAUGACAUGAAAAGUCACAGAUUUGAGGACAACCCCGGGGUGAGACGCCACUUGGUGAAGAAGUCGUCCCGAUGUCAAAUGGCCCGGUCCAGCAACAGCUCCACACCACUAUCCAGCCUGAAGAAGAAGAAGAGAGCAGCAGAAAAAAAAAUUCAUGAGUUGUUUGUGGAGCUGAACGAGCUGAUCGUGGAGAAGGAUCAUGAGAUGCGUUGGAAGGAACGCGCUCGCUGGAUCAAGUUUGAAGAGGAUGUGGAGGAGGAGACGGAUCGCUGGGGCAAACCUCACGUGGCCUCACUCUCCUUCCGCAGCUUGCUGGAGCUUCGUCGCACCAUCACACACGGUGCUAUCCUUCUGGACCUGGAGCAGAAUUCUCUGCCUGGCAUCGCUCAUCUGGUGGUGGAGACGAUGAUCAUCUCUGAUCAGAUCAGAGCCGAGGACAGAUCCAGUGUUCUGCGGGCUCUGCUUCUCAAACACAGUCAUCCAAGUGAUUUAAAACAUCGUUUCCACCGCCACCACUCAUCCAGCAGUCUUCACAGCAGCUUCAAUCACAACCACGUCCAUGACACCAGUCUGCCGCUGGUGGCUGAAGAGCAUGAUGAACACCAGGAUAACAAAGGGCCGGUGUACGACCCCAAACAAGACGUGUUUGUCAGCCUGUUUAAAUCUCUCCACCCUCUGCCUCCUGAGAGCCAUCCAGCUGCGGCGAGGUCCAUGAAACUGCUCGCCAAGAUUCCCAAAGAUGCUGAAGCUGUCAUCGUUUUAGUUGGCUGUGUGGAGUUUCUGGAGCAGCCAGCCAUGGCCUUUGUCAGGCUGAACGAUGCCGUGCUUCUGGAGUCGGUGCUGGAGGUCCCGGUCCCUGUUCGCUUUCUUUUCGUCCUACUCGGUCCCAGUCAGUCCAACAUUGACUAUCAUGAGAUUGGACGUUCCUUCGCCACUCUCAUGUCCGACAAGAACUUCCACGAGGUGGCCUACUUUGCUGACGACAGACAGGACCUCCUGAACGGUAUCAAUGAGUUCUUAGACUGCAGCAUCGUCAUUCCACCCUCAGAUGUGGCGGGCAAAGACCUCCUGAAGACGGUGGCUGACUUCCAGAAGCAGAUGCUGCGCAAGAGGAAGGAAAGAGAGCUCAAAAAGCACCACUCCUCCUUUGGAUUGGUGCAGGACAACAAAGAGGUGAGUCCAGAGGAGGAGGAGGAGGGAGACCAGGAGGUGGACCCGUUAAAGCGCUCAGGGAUCCCAUUCGGAGGCCUGAUCCACGAUAUCCGCCGCCGCUAUCCACACUAUGUCAGUGACUUAAAAGAUGCCGUGGACAUGCAGUGCGUCGCUGCCGUCAUCUUCAUCUACUUUGCAGCACUGUCGCCCACUAUAACCUUCGGAGGCCUGCUGGGAGAGAAAACAGAGGGCAUGAUGGGAGUGACUGAGCUUAUCGUUUCAACUGCAACUCUUGGAGUUAUAUUCUCGCUGCUUGCUGGUCAGCCGCUUCUCAUCAUUGGCUUCUCAGGACCCUUACUGGUGUUUGAAGAAGCCUUCUACAAGUUCUGUCAGGCUCACGACUUUGAGUACCUGACUGGUCGGGUAUGGAUCGGGUUUUGGCUCAUCUUCAUUGUCCUGGUGAUUGUUGCAGCAGAGGGCAGCUUCCUCGUCCGCUACAUCUCACCCUUUACCCAGGAGAUUUUUGCUUUCCUCAUCUCCCUCAUCUUCAUCUACGAGACUUUCUCAAAGCUCAUCAAGGUGUUUAAGGAACAUCCACUGAUGGCAAUGUACCCCAGUGACUUCAGCCCAGCUACUGGGCUUCAAGAUGAGAUUGACCCCAUCUACAACCAGCCCAACACUGCUCUUCUCUCUCUGGUUCUUAUGAUGGGCACUUUCUUUGUUGCUUUCUUCCUCAGGAAGUUCAGAAACAGUCGAUUCUUAGGUGGCAAGGCCAGAAGAAUUAUUGGUGAUUUUGGCAUCCCCAUCUCAAUUCUGGUUUCAGUGUUUGUGGAUUACUCUGUUACUGACACUUACACACAGAAACUUGAUGUGCCGUCGGGCUUUUCUGUCACAUCCCCAGACAAGAGAGGUUGGUUCAUCAGUCCCUUUGGGGAUAAGCAGCCCUUUCCAACCUGGAUGAUGGGAGCAAGUAUCGUACCUGCGCUUCUUGUCUUCAUCCUCAUCUUCAUGGAAACUCAGAUCACUUCAUUGAUAGUCAGUAAGAAGGAGCGUCGCCUGGUUAAAGGAUCAGGUUUCCACCUGGAUCUACUGCUCAUCGUCAUCCUGGGUGCCAUCUGUCCCCUUUUCGGCCUGCCGUGGCUCACCGCGGCCACGGUGCGCUCUGUCACCCAUGUCAACGCACUCACAGUCAUGAGCAAGGCCACGGCACCUGGUGAAAAGCCCAUGAUCCAGGAGGUGAAAGAGCAGAGGCUGACCGGGCUUCUUGUGGCUGUGCUCGUCGGUAUGUCUAUGGUGAUGACAGAUGUGCUCCGCCUCAUCCCUCUGGCCGUGCUCUUUGGUAUCUUCCUGUACAUGGGGGUCACGUCUCUGACGGGCAUCCAGCUGUAUGAACGCAUCACACUCAUGGUCACGCCUGCCAAGCAUCACCCUGACCACAUCUACGUCACCAAGGUGAAGACAUGGCGAAUGAACAUGUUCACCAUCAUUCAGCUGGCGUGCAUUGUGGCUCUGUGGGUAGUGAAGUCUACUGUGGCCUCCCUGGCGUUCCCCUUCGUCCUCAUCAUGACGGUGCCGCUGCGCCGCCUCAUCCUCUCGAGGAUCUUUGAGGAGCGUGAGCUCCAGGCGCUGGACUGUGACGAAGAUUCUCCCAACUUUGAUGAAGACGGACGAGAUGAGUACAACGAGAUCCACAUGCUUGUGUAGAUUUAAAGUGGACCCAGCCAACAGGACUUCUUCCAUUCUCCAGCUCCGAACAGUCAGAGUGAGCCUCUUUGG